AAGACAAGCAGCAGACUGGGACUCUGAUACCAGCCAUGUUCAGGAGCCCUCAGCAGACGUCAAGCUGGCGACCAGAGCAGGAAAGAAGGGCAAGAAGGCCGAGGAGGAGGAGCAGCCUGCAGCAGCAGAAGCAGCAGCGGCACGAGCAGCAUCCGCCACAGCAGCAGCAAUGGAGGAGGAGGAGGAAGAGGAGUAUGUGGUGGAGAAGGUUUUGGACCGCAGAGUGGUGAAGGGAAGAGUAGAGUUUCUGCUGAAAUGGAAGGGGUUCUCAGAUGAGGAUAACACAUGGGAGCCUCAAGACAACCUGGACUGCCCCGAUCUUAUCACCGAGUACACGCAGAAACACAAGGAGAAGGAGGAGAAGAAGAAGGAGGGCAAGAGGAAAGUUGUCAGUGAGACCUCGGGAGACUCAGAGGAGCGAGGGAGCAAGAGGAAGAAGGAGGAGGAGCCCUCAGCAGACGUCAAGCUGGCGACCGGAGCAGGAAAGAAGGGCAUGAAGGCCGAGGAGGAGGAGGAGCAGCCUGCAGCACCUCCUGCAGCUGCAGCAGUGAAGGAGGAAGAGGAGGAGGAGGAGCAGCCUUCAGCACCUCCUGCAGCUGCAGCAGUCAAGGAGGAGGAGGAGGAGUAUGUGGUAGAGAAGGUUUUGGACUGCAGAGUGGUGAAGGGAAGAGUAGAGUUUCUGCUGAAAUGGAAGGGGUUCUCAGAUGAGGAUAACACAUGGGAGCCUCAAGACAACCUGGACCUCGACCUUAUCACAGAGUACAUGCAGAGACACAAGGAGAAGGAGGAGAAGAAGAAGGAGGGCAAGAGGAACGUUGUUAGUGAGGUCUCGGGAGACUCAGAGGAGCGAGGGAGCAAGAGGAAGGAGGAGGAGGAGCCCUCAGCUGACGUCAAGCUGGCGACCAGAGCAGGAAAGAAGGGCAAGAAGGCCGAGGAGGAGGAGCAGCCUGCAGCACCUCCUGCAGCUGCAGCAGUGAAGGAGGAGGAGGAGGAAGAGGAGGAGUAUGUGGUGGAGAAGGUGUUGGACCGCAGAGUGGUGAAGGGAAGAGUAGAGUUCCUGCUGAAAUGGAAGGGGUUCUCGGAUGAGGAUAACACAUGGGAGCCUCAAGACAACCUGGACCUCGACCUUAUCACCGAGUACAUGCAGAAACACAAAGAGAAGGAGGAGAAGAAGAAGGAGGGAAACAGGAAAGUUGACAGUGAGACCUCAGGAGACUCAGAAGAGCGAGGGGGCAAGAGGAAGAAGGAGGAGAAACAGAGAGGAGGAGGGGGACCCAAACGCCACCACUGUCAACGCUGUGACAAAUCCUUCACAACCUCUGGAUAUUUAAAGAUUCAUCAGAGAGUUCACACUGGAGACAAUCUACACAGCUGUGAUCAAUGUGGGGCAGCUUUCACACUACAGAGUACCCUAAAAAUACAUCAACGCAUUCACACUGGAGAAAAGCCUUACAGCUGUGAUCAAUGUGGUAAAACCUUUUCUAGGAGUGGUAGCCUAGAAAUCCACCGACGUGUUCACACUGGAGAGAAGCCGUACUGGUGUGAACAAUGUGGAGAAACAUUUUCUCAGAAUAGUCACCUUAAAAUCCACCAGCGCGUUCACACUGGAGAGAAGCCGUACUGGUGUGAACAAUGUGGGAAAACUUUUUCUCACAGUAGUCACCUUAAAAGACACCAGCGCAUUCACACUGGAGAGAAGCCGUACUGGUGUGAUCAAUGUGGUAAAACCUUUUCUAUGAGUGGUAGCCUAGAAAGCCACCGACGUGUUCACACUGGAGAGAAGCCGUACUGGUGUGAACAAUGUGGAGAAACAUUUUCUCAGAAUAGUCACCUUAAAAUCCACCAGCGCGUUCACACUGGAGAGAAGCCGUACUGGUGUGAACAAUGUGGGAAAACUUUUUCUCACAAUAGUAGCCUUAAAAGACACCAGCGCAUUCACACUGCCUCGUUGUAAACAUGUUUCAGAGCCAAGCUGUGUCCUCCUGCCUCCUCCUCAUGACCUGAUAGCUGUGUUGUUAUUUUCUGAUCUUCUCUCCACAUUGAAGGUUGACCAGCAGUAACUUUAUCUUCUGAACAGCAUGUAUGUUAUCCUGGCUACGACUACACAUUACACUCCCUCCCUUUGAAGGGAUUUAUUCCACUCAAAAUCAUUUAGUUUUCCUGUAAUAACAUAUUCUGAGUUCAGGGUUCAACUGCUAGCGCUUUUUAACUAAU